GACUGCCAACCAUAUAGGAGAGGUACGCGCAAGGGCAGUCCUAUGUCAGACUCGGACGCCGCGUGUCCAAUUGUACAGUUCCUAUAGCCCACGGAAGCAAGGAUGGUGCCUGAGGCCUUACAUGUGCGCGGGCUCUGGCAGGAUGUCCCCGCGCGGCGACCCAACACUCGACGACGGUCGACGUCCGGAACUUUAUGCCUCGCACGAAACCCCGAGCCGAGGGGUAGCAUGCAUCCCUUGUUUCCGCGGAUACACUGUCCCAAAGGAUACGUACGUAGAUCUUGCCGGCCGCGCGAUCUGCAGCGAGUAUGCGCGGGAGUUACUCAGCUUCACAUGAGCACUACCGUAUCCACCUGCAAAGCUCGAGGCGUGGAACUGCCACCGCGACGGUCCUCCGCGACUCCGAGUCUUCGCUCCUAUGUAACCGGACGAUUAUCCAUCAUGCCGUAUUCUCCGCGAUGGCAGCGGAGCAGGACGUUUCAAUGCAUGCUCUCAGCCUUCCGCCGCAACUUUCGGAGCUCACAUCAGCCCCGGCAGCUGUCGGGCUUGGCCCAACAGUCCUGGCAUGCUGUAGGUACUGGGAAGCAUCCUACCCGGUGAACAGACAAUGGACCUGACGCCGGUGUCCUUGGGCGGAGGAAGGGGAAGUUGCAUAGCUCCGUCCCAUUUCGCCCAAUCGCAUGACAUAAUCAUUCCGUGCCCCGCGCUUCCUGGCAGUGGCCGAACGAAUGC